AGUUCGGACUAAAACCAACCCAUCAAAUGUUUCCAAUCAGAACAUCUGGCUAAUUGCUUCUUUUUGCUAAAUUCUUUGAAACAGUUUUGGCCAGCUGUAACCCCUAUUUCAAAUUUAGAUGUUGGGCAAACGUUUGUCAAAUUGAUUGACUUUUGACAUUUCCAUUUAAUUACCGCCCACGCAGACCACCCAUUGGUCCUUUCCCUUUCACCGCAGCCAACCAAUCACUAGCAAGAGGGGGCGUGACGCUCCUGCGCAGUAAAUCCUGCCCAGCAUCCGAAAACUGCAACCCCUAGAUGUUGACUCCUGCGGAAUUCAGACCAGGUUUCCCUUAAUCAGUCACCACGGAAACUCGAAACCCUUAAUACUGCACACGGCUAACACGGGAAUGCACGGAACGAUCAGCGACAAGUGAAAGCCAUCGAGCGCUGAAUAAUUCAGGACUAUUGAUGUCCUGCAGCAGCCAAGUGAAAUCCAAUUAGUGAAAAUCCAACAAGUUCAACUCGCCAUCGAUCCAUGGAUACAGCCAAAUUGAGCGACUACGGCGAGGCCAAGACGCAUCUGGAGCAGCUGCAGCACCUGGACCACCACCUCCACCACCACCACCACGCCCACUUGGGGCUCUACCAUGGGGCGCUGCCAGGCACAUCCACCAUAACCACGGAUUCGGUGGUUUCCUGUGUGAGUUCCACGCUGCCGGCGGUGGCCAAGGCCAUUUCCGCGUCCUCCAGCUGCAGCGAUGGCCUGGAGCCGGAGCGCAAGAAGUGCCACGCCAGUGACUCCCUCAGUGACUCCUCGUCUGGUGGGCAGGGCCUCCUCCUGGAGGCCAUCUGCGUGGGGCAGAAGACGUCGCCGGUUCCGCCCCCACCUCCACCUCCUUGCUGCCUGACCUUGGGCGGAGCGGCUUCCUCAUCGCCCGCUUCCGUCGCCCUGAUGAACGCCUCCUCCGCAUCGGGAUCGGGAUCCAGCUCCGGCGGAGCAAGUGCCUCUCUCUGCAACGAUCUUACGCGGGAGUCCUCAUGGUAUGCCCACCACCAUCACCACCACCAUCAUCAUCACCAGCAGUUGGCCGACGAGCUGGUCAUGUAUGCCACGCCCACACUCACGCCCACGCCCACGCCGGCGAUUGGGAAGUUCGGACUGGACACUUCCACCGAGGGUUACUUGAACGCAAGGUACAAUGUGAACGUCAAAGGCGUGCGCCAUGAAAGAACAUCCACUUUCUUUGACAUACCCGCUGUGACGCACCCACACUCGCAUCCGCAUUCGCAUCCGCAUUCGCAUCCGCACCCGUACUGCUACAGGUUUCCAUCAUCGCCACCCGGGGGCAUUCUGAAAAAGAGCGACGAAGAAACGGCAGCUGCUGCUGCUGCCGCCGCCGCCGCUGCAGCCGCAGCGGUCUACUGUAGCGACGUUUCCUCCGGCCAGCACUUUCAGCACCACACGAAGAUCGAGGAUGCGGACUCCACGACAACGGCAGCCCAGCAGCAGCAACAUCAGCAGCAGCAACAGCAACAGCAACAGCACCAGCAGCAACAGCAGCAGCAACAUCAGCAACAACAGCAGCAGCAGCAGCAACAUCACCAGCAGCAACUGCAACAUGCUGCUGCUGCACUGCAUCCGCAGCACCAUCAUCAUCACCAUGGUCACCACAACCAGCAAGUGGAGCACCACUUGACACCCCUCCACGCCGCCUCCGCCUUCAAGUUUAGUCACACUGCGGUCAUAUCCAGUUCGGCGGUAUAUGCCACGCCCUCCCACUACGCCGCCCACCAGCAGCAUACGCAGUCGCAGUCUGUCUACCGGGAUCUAUCGCCCACCUCCUUGGCGGCGGCGGAAGCAGACCUGAAGUACGACACUGGUCCCUACAACGCCACCAUCUCGUCCACCUAUCCCUCUGCCCUGCGACCCAGUGUGGUGGACUCCACCACCUCCAGCGAUGCGGAACUGCGUCUGGAUCAGUUCUACGCCAGCAAUGGCAUCUCCACCUCGAGCAGCGGCCAGUCGAUCAGCCAGCGGAGGGGCUCACUGCAGCUCUGGCAGUUCCUGGUGGCCCUCCUGGACGAACCCACCACCAGUGCCAGCUGCAUUGCCUGGACGGGUCGUGGCAUGGAGUUCAAGCUGAUCGAGCCGGAGGAAGUGGCCCGACGUUGGGGUCUCCAGAAGAACCGCCCAGCGAUGAACUACGACAAGUUGUCCCGCAGUCUGCGCUACUACUACGAGAAGGGCAUCAUGCAGAAGGUGAACGGCGAGCGCUACGUCUACCGAUUUGUCUGCGAUCCGGACGCCCUGUUCAACAUGGCCUACGGUCAUCUAACCACCGGAUCCGGAUCUGGCUCCGGCAAAGGUGACCAGCACCAGUUGACACUGUCGCUGGCCAAGACGCCUCCAACUUCCGGCGAGUCCCAAACGCAAUCCCCUCGCGUGGCCAAGUCGGAUUAUUACGAUACCGCCGGAUUGCAUAAAUAUUAGCUAUAAAGUUGGGUGAUGGUGUGUGUAUCCAUAUGUGGGCGGAGCGUGGGAAUGCGGCCGAGUGGGCGUGGCCGUUUCCCGUGUACAUUGUGUAAUCUAGUUGCGUGUGUAUGUGCGUGGGGUCACGAAUUUGAAAUGUAGGUUUCGUUAUGAUGAGCUGAGUGAGGAAAAGUAGGCAGUACUUUGGAGGGGCAUAAAGUGUAUUUAAUAGUACGGUAAAUCGGGGUCACCAUUAACAAUAAAUUACAAUAAAGCUUUUUCAAAAAAGUAUCCUCUUCAUAUCAGAAUAAAAUACUUAACACUGAAAGAAUUUGGUCCUUCGAAAUCCGCUUCAAAUGGUUAAUCCUAUUGCAAAGCUGAGAAUAGAAUCAGGGUCACCAUCCUUUUUUUUUGGUGUCAGGGUCACCAGACAUAUUUUCAGAAAUUC